CCGGGUGAAUAAUACACCGUGUCGGCGGUCACAUGUCGUGCAGCGGGCUCCUGAAUGAUUUAAAGCUUUUUACAUCAUCGGCCUCACCCUCCCUCCCCUCCGCCUCCCUCCCUCGCGCUGAUGCACCGCGCAGCCCGGAGAUGCUGAUGCUGGUGACCGACUGCAGCAUCCGACAUGGGCAUCCUUUAAUCCCGCCACAAUCACCUUAGCGAUGGGCGUCUUUGCGUGAGAAAAGAGAAAGGAAAGGGAGAGUUUAGGGCGGGUGUUGUCGCUUCUCCCAGCAGACAAGAGCUGCAGCAGGCUGCGUUUGGAGGGUCGACCAGAGUACAGGAAGAGACAGAGGGGCGGCUGGGACCCACAGACACUGGUGGGACGUUUAAUAAAGUGUUUCUGCAGAUAGCUUUCUCACCAUGUGGGGAACAACUACGAUGGCAUUUCACUAAACCUGGAAAAGAGACGAGGCAAGGGCAGCAACACAAAAGAUCCUUCUUUUGAAUAUACCAUCAUUUGGAAAAGGAAUAUUCUUUUUCCACAGUGCGUCCAAGGAAACAGUGAACUUACCAAGAGUAUCAAAGAACUUCCUGCUCUUCUUCCCUUUGACUCUGACCCUUGACCUUGAGCUCUCACUAUGAGCAGUCUGUUAGUGAAGCUAGACCCUCGGAGGGUACAAUGGGGCACCACGUGGAACACCUUCACGUCCCGCGUCCUGAGGACCAAACCGGUGGAGUCCAUGUUGGAUUCAGCCACGACGGGCACAGACGCUCAUGGGACCAAACUGGCCCGGGUCUUAUCCACCGUGGACCUGGUGUCGCUGGGCGUGGGCAGCUGCGUGGGGACGGGGAUGUACGUGGUCUCUGGACUGGUUGCCAAGGAGAUGGCCGGUCCGGGGGUCAUUGUGUCCUUCAUUAUCGCCGCUGUGGCCUCCAUACUGUCGGGAGUGUGUUAUGCAGAGUUUGGCGUGCGGGUGCCUAAGACCACAGGAUCGGCCUACACCUACAGCUACGUGACGGUGGGCGAGUGCGUGGCGUUUUUCAUCGGCUGGAACUUGAUCCUGGAGUAUCUGAUCGGCACGGCCGCGGGGGCGUCGGCUCUCAGCAGCAUGGCGGACUCACUGGCCAAUCACACUAUCAGCAACUUUAUGAUCACACACAUCGGAACGCUCAGCGGCUUAGGUAAAGGCGAGCAGUCGUACCCCGACCUGCUGGCGCUGGUCAUCGCUCUGCUGGUGACGGUCAUCGUGGCUCUGGGAGUAAAGAACUCUGUGGGCUUCAACAACGUGCUGAAUGUCGUCAACCUCGCAGUGUGGGUGUUCAUGAUGAUCGCCGGCCUGUUCUUCGUCAACGGAGAUAACUGGGACGAUGGGAAAUUCCUGCCCUUCGGCUGGUCGGGGGUGAUGCAGGGUGCCGCCACCUGUUUCUAUGCCUUCAUUGGAUUUGACAUUAUUGCUACAACAGGAGAGGAGGCCAAGAGUCCCAACACCUCCAUCCCCUACGCCAUCACUGCCUCACUUAUCACCUGCCUCACUGCCUACGUCUCUGUUUCUGUGAUCCUGACUCUGAUGGUGCCGUACGAUGAGAUUGACGCAGACGCUCCGCUCAUGGAGAUGUUUGCCGUGCAUGGCUGUAUGUUCGCAAAGUAUAUCGUGGCGGUGGGCUCCAUAGCAGGACUCACUGUAUCCCUCCUGGGGUCCCUGUUCCCCAUGCCCAGGAUCAUCUAUGCCAUGGCAGGGGACGGCCUGCUGUUUAAGUUCCUGGCCAAUGUGUCUCCAUACACAGAGACCCCUGCUGUGGCGUGUGUGGUGUCGGGCUUCCUGGCUGCCAUACUGUCUCUCAUGGUCAGCCUCAGAGACCUCAUAGAGAUGAUGUCCAUAGGGACUCUGCUGGCCUACACCCUGGUUAGCCUGUGUGUGCUCCUGCUGCGUUACCAACCUGAGGGGGACAUCCAUGGCUUUGUGAACUUCCUGUCUGAGGAGCAGAACAACAAGAAAAAGGAAGGCGUGCUGGCUGAGUGCGAGAAAGAAGCCUGUUCACCAACCAGCGAAGCAGAUGAGUUCGGAGGCGCGGCCACGAACGCCUGCGGGGCCAAAAACCUGCCGUCGCUGGGGGACAACGAGAUGCUGAUAGGCAAACCAGAUAAAAACGCCUACACCGCCAGCCACCCAAACUACGGCACGGUGGAUAUGACCACUGGCAUCGAAGCCGAAGAGGAAGAGGGCGGGUUGUCCCGGCGGUUGAAGAAGCUCAUUGGACCCCGCUACUACACCUUGAGGAUCCGAUUGGGCCUCCCGGGAAAGAUGGACAGGCCCACUCCAGCUACGGGGAAAAUUGUCACUGUGUGUGUGCUGCUCCUCUUCAUUUCCAUCUUCGCUUUCUGCUCCUUCAUCAUCUUUGGAGCGAGCAGUAUUGGGGAGGGUCGCUGGUGGGCUCUGCUGCUGUUAAUCUUCUUCAUCACCUUCCUUGUCCUGCUCGUCAUCAUCAUCCUCCAGCAGCCAGAGAACCCAAAGCGUCUGCCCUACAUGGCGCCCUGUGUGCCCUUUGUACCUGUUUCAGCCAUGCUGGUCAACAUCUACCUCAUGCUCAAACUGUCUGCCAUCACCUGGAUACGAUUCUCUAUCUGGUGCCUCGUGGGUGUUCUAAUCUACUUUGGCUACGGCAUGUGGAACAGCAAGCUGGAGAAAACGGCCCGAGAGAACGAGGUGCACGCCUCCACCUACCAGCGCUACGACCACGGUGUGGACGAAGGCUUCUGCGGCUUCGACGAUGAUUUCCUCCCGUCUACCACUGACGCCUGGGGUGCGCAGGCGGGAGGUUCGGGUCUCACCCCGCCCCCGGUGGCCAAGCCCGAAAUUGACGGGUCGCCAGCGAAAGAUGGAGGCAGGACCGUUGCCAAACAAAACCUCGCCGAGGAUGAUCCGAUGGAUUUCUGAAGGGACUGCCUCUGUGUUACCCUGAAUGUACUGCCUUGUCUGCUGCCUGGGGAAAGGGAGGGGGAACAGUAGUGUGAACGCAUGAAUGAUUGUGUGUGUGUGUGUGUGCGUGUGUGUGCAUGCCUGCAUGCAUGUGUGUGUAUUUGUUUGUGUGGCUAACCCUUGGGCUAGAUAGUUUCUUGACAGUGGAACGACUUAUUAUUCAGUUUACUCAACCACGCUCCUCAGCUCACACAGCAAAUGAGGACUUCAAGGUCAAAUGUCUUGUCACACUCACUUGUUAUUCACUGGAGUCCACCGCCUACCCAAAGUAAAGACAGAUAGGAAAGUGUCGACGUUACUGAAUACCUAGAAAUGUACGGGAUAUAGGAGAGGAGAAGGUGGUGAGGGAGGGACAGAUGAAUCAGCACCUCUCUUCCUGUUUCAACGACAGGACAGGAAAGCUAGAUGACAGAAUGCAAAACCCAAACUACUUCCUGUGAACAGGUCUGACUUUCUCUGCAUGUUUCACAGGAAAACAGCUUCACAUGCUCUCAAAAACACCAACAAAUCAUAAACGUUUAUCUCCGUCCUCAAUCAUUUCCCCUGACCCCUGAUAUCUAGCCCAAGGGAUAAGAACUGGACUGGGAAGAGGGUGUUGGUGUUUUCUGUCACAAAUAGUACUUGGACUUUGCUUGCAAUAGUGCCUUCAUCUUCUGUAUGUGUAUGUGAGUUUCUUAUUAUGUCUGUUUUCUACUUUAAUUUUGCCUGUGUAUGUGUGAGGGUGUAUGUGCAAUCUAAUUCAACCUUUUACAUUGAUGCUCAUGACUGUGUGUGUUUGUAGAUAUUAAGUGAGGUUAUUUUACCGUGUAUGUGUAGGUAUUUGUUUCGUUCCAAUUUUUACCCCAGCAUGAAGCUCAAAAUCAACCCGCCCGCCACAUAUCAGCUCAUGGUGCAAUAUAACACAAACACACAGCUCAUUGGUGUAACCUAAAAGAGGAGAGAGAAGAGGGGACACAGGUCGAAUCCUAAUUGACAACCUUCAUGGUUUAUCGUGAUUAACGUCAUAUUUUUUUUUAUUUGCGUCUCUCCACUGAUGCAGUUCUUGCUUUUUCCUAGGGCUGGGAAGGAAUUCAUUUUCAGUUCAUUCAAUUCAGGAAAUGGGUUUUAUACGGAGCGUGCAGCUUUUCUCCUAGAGAUGAGAAAAAUAUAGAGACUGUCGAAAAAUGGUUAUUAUUGAGAAAGGGGGGAUUUUUGAUGAAAAGAGGGCAGUUUGAAAUGUUUUGUAAGAGCAGAUGAGGGUCACUUUUUUUCUCUUCUCCCAGAUUGUUCGUAAAUUAUGAAUGAAUUAAAUUUUACUUUACAAUUACAUUUGUAUUUAAUAUUGGGGGACAUUACAUCAGAUUUAGUCUCUAAAUCAGUGAUUGCAUUGUAAAUACUUAGAGAAAAAUGUGACACUUACUGAACUGAAAUAUAAUCCCUCCUCUUCCAUCCCUCUCCCUUUCUGGUCCCCUCUUUUGCUAUUAAAUAUCAUACAUGUGUGUAUUCUCUUCUUCCACCACCCCUCUGCUCUCCCAGCCCAACUCUUCCUCUUCCUCUUCAUCUGUUUGCCACCUCACCGCGCUUGAUAUCCAUCCGGCCUGUCAGCAGGGAGUUUCCACUUAGUCACAAGUGAUGGAGCCGGGAUUGCUUUUCAGUCAGGAUGUGGAUGCCAACCUGAUGAUACCUUAACUCCUGUUUCACCUCAGGGUGUCUGCUAUCUCCCUUCUGAUUUGUCUCUAGAGAAUUUACUCCUCUCCAACCCCUGGUCUGAACUAGUCUAAGUGAACCUCCCUGUUCAUGUAGUGUUGAAGCCCCACUCCUUUCGUGUUACCUACACUUUUGCUGCACCCCGAAGAGAUUUUGUGAAAAUCAAUCAAAUCAAAAAUGUUCCUGUAGAGCUCAGUGUGUAGGACAUUUAAGCUUUAGCUGCCAGGGUUAGGGGUUUCAUUCCAUACUAAGAAUGUAAGCACUCAUGGCACUGUAAGGGAUUUUGGCACACACCAAAUAGCAUACAGUUAUGUUAUUAUGCUGAGGGCCGGGGCACUCCUACAAAAGCUGCUGUAUGUCCAAAUUGUCCUUCUUGUACCUUUUCUUCUUGCCCCCUGUUGCUGCAUAUGUCCCUUCCUGGGAAGCCUUAUUUGUCUAAUGCACUAAAUCUAAGGAUGCCACGCUAAACCCCACCCUACCUCUGCUACUCCCACAUCUAUCCUCACUCAGAAAAAAUAGUUUAUUUUAUGUAUUGAAAGCCCUUUGGUGUCGUCCUUUGAAAUGAUUGCAAUACCCGUACCCAAAAAACUGCCCAUUGUUCCGAGGAAUUACACUUUUAUUGGAUGAUUCUGCAGCUUUCUAAUAAAGGAAGUCGUGAGUGUUUCCGUUAUGUAGUGGAACAUUAGGAUGAUGAGGUUGUAGCGGUGCCCAUCAGAGACCAAUCAUGGCCGUGGCUAACAUUAAGCUCAUGUCUAGUGUUUGCUUUCUAGACAUGUGGGUGGUAUAGUGACUUGGACGGUGUUUACAUUCUACAAUGGUGUAUAUUUUACAAACUCAAUUCAACUACAUGUUGGCCAACAACACGCAUCAGUAUUUCAUGUACUGUAGGGACCUUCAUGUAGCGAAAUAAACAUUUAUGGAAAGAAAAUAAAAAAGUAUAUACUUCUUUUUGGUGUCUUGUCAAAAUUGAGAGGAUAAGACUGCGUUUUGGGGGACUUGGACUCAUGACUAGUAUUUUUGAAAUUGUUGAUAUAGCUCUUAGUAAUACAAUUGUAAUGCCUUCUUUUAAUGUAGAAACAUAUUUCCGAAGUCAUUUGUUGUACAGUAGUAGCCUAUUUAACCUACAUUUACUGUAAUGUAGACAGUUAGGAAGGACAUUGAGGAAGAGAAUGUUAUGUGAAUGUAGUUUAUAUUUUGGCACAAAGAAACAUCAAGCUCAGUACAGCAGGGCAGGGAGUUGUCCUAAAUACCAAAACCAUAAUAGUUCAAAUAGUUGUUGCUAUGCAUUUGGAUUGUAGAUAUUAUGUUAAAAAAGUUGUUGCCAUUGAACAUAUUUUGAGGUCUUGCAGAAUUGUCCAAUAUUAAAGUUAUUUUCCGGGGUUGCAAAAAAACAGCACAUCCUUAAACAUUCACACAGUUUAUCUCACACAAGCAUAGCAUUUAUUAGAUUAUAUUGAACUAUUCCCUCCACCCAGAUCACCUCAUAUCAGCUAAAACAAUCCAGAUGUUUUCAUUCAUAGCUCAAAUAUGUGUUCAGCCAAAACAAGGCGGUAAUACAGCCUGACACUUCGACACUGUACUGUACAUUCGAUCUACCAUAGCCUAUUACAGGCUGUGUAUGCGAGUGUGUGAGUGCAUGUACGUGUGUGAUCUAUGCCUGCGCCUCAACGUGACCCUGUGGUGAAUGUGUAGCAUGCUUUCAUGCAUGAGGCUCUGACCGUAAAUGUUGUUCCUGCAUGUGGUGACUGAUCGCUGCGAGACAUAAUACAACACUAAACCAAAACAAACACAGGCCUACUUCUUACACCUGGGAACGCUGGCCUCUCUGCUCUGAGAAGAUUGAACAGGUGUAAUACAAGCAAAGCAGCUUCAAAAACUUCAUUGUUCUAAACUCUUACCAGCGAGUGAACUGAAUGCUGUUGUAUAGCCUACAAUGCAGACUCCUAUGAUUUAGAUUCAGAUUCAAACCCAGACCUUUUCUUUACUGUAUGUUACAAUUUGAAUUGUACCGGCUUAGAAGAUUACUUUCUGGAUUCUCUCCUAUUUCUUUAAGCUCACACAGUAAUAUUCUCACAUAGAAAUUGGAACCAGGGCUCCUCCUGAAAAGGUAGUAGAACAUGUAGCAACAAACAGGUGUGACAAUGACUCCUCUCUCACCCUCCCUUACAGUAUGCCUACUUCCUGUAAAUCCCUUUUCUUAACCAAAACCUCUACAAACCAAAGUCCACCAUUUUUUGUUUAUUGUUUCUUCAAAGUAAACACUUAAGAUACAAAAGAGAUAACCAUUUUGCUUGGUGGUCUGCUAAUAGCUACUGAUUUCAGUUUGUCACAAGGAGAUGUUUUUCUUGUCACAAGCAACAGUGCAAUGAUGAUUUUUUAAAACCCUAGUUGCUAAGUAUUAGUCUAGAUUUAAUUUACUACAGCGGAUCAGUUUGUCCAAAAGUUAUAAAAAACAUUAAAAAACGUAUUUUUCUACAACUCUUUCCCGUUCACAGGUCCUCCUCGAGUAGGUGUGCACAACAAAAGCUGGGUAUGGUUAUCAAUGUCAGCAUUUACCUUCUCCAUUUGUGUUAAGUCAUAAGGAGGCCUGGGAGAAACUGCUACAAUAUAUUUUUAACAAGUGUAGUCUUAAUCCCUUACCUUCAAGGGUUUCGAAAAAUGGUUUCUUUUGACGUCAAUAGGAAUGUAGAAGGUUUGGAAAUACUACAGAAAACAUGCAGAAACUAUUUUAAUACAAUCCUAUAAAGGGAGAAUAUACAAGCAUAAUCCAAUUUUGCCACCAUUGCUUUGAAAGUCAGCUAUUAUUUGUUUAUUUUGUCUCGGAGAAGGAGUGCCAUGUUCUUCUUGUGCUCUGUGUUCGCUGUGGCCAAGUGUCGACUCAGUGUGUGUCAGACUGUUGAGGUUGGCUUUUCUUGCAAACAAAUAGAUAUUACUUUACUCUUCUGUAUAUUUUGUCACAAAGCUGUAUAAUGUAGUUGUUCUUUAUGUAAUUUUUGUAAUGGUUUCUUCCAUAUGUGUGGUUAUAUUUGCUCCUGGUUGCACUGUUUUUUGCUGAGUUGUUAUUGCUUCCAUGCAACAAUGAAAGCUAUUUAUUGCAAAUACAAA